AGCCCCGCCAUUGACGGUCCAUAUCUCUAUCUGGUAUAACGAAACCAAACGUCACACACUCCUCCCCCAUUAAAACCUCGUUAACACACGAAACACACAACCAAAACAGAGACUACUCUGAUUAAAUUCACUUUCCCUCGUUUUCUCAGGUUUCUUCCAAGAUUUUCUCGCCCCACAAACACCUCCCUCAAAUACCUGCUAAACAGCACAUUUGUCUCAACGACCGCUAAUUUUUUUUCCCUCUAUAAACAACCAAAGAUGCAAUCAACAAAUUUAGAAACAACCAACAAAGAAGAGAAGAGAAGCGAGAGGAACCCUCAGAGGAAGAGGAAGAAGAAGAUCAAGAACGCGUUCUUCUUGUGCUUUCAACCGGUGACCAUGGACGGUCCAGUCAAUCCAGAUAGCGGACUCGGCGACGGAAAUCUGGGUUUUAAGUGUAUUUCCGUGAAAGAUAAAGAUGGCGGCGUGGUCUUUACAAAUAUAUUGCCGGAUUCAUCAUCACCGUCGAUGGAUAACAAAUCAGCCUCUGCCGACGCUGCCACUCCUCGGAAAAAGAGACUUGGUCACCGGAGUUUUUCGCGUGUGUUGAAAGCCCUUCUCUUUGAAGCGUCCCUGGUCAAGAAGUUAAGGAAAAGGAAACUUAGAGAGAAAUUGAAUCGUUCACAUCCCGAAUCGUCAGAAAAGACUGUAAAAAAUUCAAAACCGCCUUUAGAAAUUUCAAUGUCAAACAACCCAGAAAGCAACACUAAUGGAGGAAGAAGCAGCAUUUCCAAUUCAUCAUCUUCGUUACGUUUGUCUUCAGUGAUCACUUCAACCACCUUGUGUUCUUCGUGUGGUUCAUCUUUGUCUGAUCGAAACAACUCAAACAGGUCGUUUCGAUUAAGUUCAUCGGAGCAAAGAAAGAUGAAGGACAAUAUCAAUAAUGUGCAAGAGCAAGGAAAAGGGUAUUAUGGUGUUAAUUUUGGCUUGUGUUUGGUUGUUUUGAGUCUGGUGGUUUUGGUCUUCUGGGGCAAGGUUUGUGCCAUUUUUUGUACCUCGACAUGGCUUUUCUUCGUGCCUCGUCGGAGUAUCAGGAGUGAGUGGAGAAAUGAGGGCGCGUCGGAGUUUGAUUCCGAGCAGUACAAGAAGAAGAUUAUCAUGCAAGGGUUGCUGGAAAGAAACCGUAUUCGGAGCUUGUAGCCUUCCUGAAGAAAUUGUUACAGUGAUGAUUUUUACUCGCAUAAGAUUAUUCAAUUAGUUUUGUAGUUUGUGGUUUAGGCCUUCUGUGCAUGCAUAUAGCUUGGUUUUGGUUCUGUGAUAAUAGGAAUUGUAGGCAGUGACUUCUGAUUCAUUUUUCAUUUCAACAAUUUUGUGGAUUGAUAAGCUUGUUUCUAAUUUAUUGAGUUCCUUCUGUACCAGGAAUGAAAUUAUCCAUAAUCAAACGGGUGGUAUAUAAGUAAAGUUUUA